AUGUUGAACUUCUUACAGCCAUGCAAGAAACGGCGCGAGGACGAUGCUUCUGUAAAAACAAUCACAACAUAUUUUUCACCUUUAUCAAAACCAGUGGAUAAAGUGUUGUCACCACCAAAACCCAACAACAUAUUGGAUUAUUUUAAAAAGCCAUCUCUACCUGAGAAAGCUACAUUGCCAGUUGUAGCUGGUGAAACUGAAACACCAUUGGAUGCUGAUGACAACAACUGUAAGUCACCUUUUAAACCACCUUUGAAGAGGAAGAGGAAAAGGAAGAGAGUUAAUAAUAAGCUAAGAGAGAUGCAAGAAUCUGAGAAUGAACAUGAGAUAGAAAUUAGUAAUGAUGUCAGCAGAGAAACAACAGGACUGGAACAAGACAGUAAUGAUUUUAUUGCUACUUGUACUGUAGUUGACCAUAAAAGUGCAAGAGAAUUAGCAGAAGAUUAUGUCCAAAGAAAGGACUUCUCUGAUGCUGUCAUCAAUAGAAAAAAUGCUAAGAAAGUUGGUUCUGAAAUAAGUAGAACAAAAAACAGGAUAAAAAAAUCAAGGAAGAGGAAGCACAAAGCAAACAUGGAUUUAUCUGAAAAUUUUUCAUCUGAAGACCAAUUGAAUGAAAAGUGUAAAAAAGAAGCUGAAGAUGACAAAGAGAUUGUGUCUCCUACAAUAGCAGAGUGUGACAUUGCUAUUAAUGACUCCAGUUUUGAAGUUCAUAUGGAUGAUAAGUCAUCACAGGUAAAUAACAGUAUAAUAACAGUGUCAUUUGAGGACUUCCUGAAGAGUCAGGGAGAAAGCAGUGUAGAGCAUGUUGAAGAAGACACAAAGCCAACAAUGGACAAUUCUGCUACAACAAAUGAAAUGGACAAAAGUGAUAGUGACCCAGAAAAGUGUGAGGAAUCUCAGCAGCUGCCACUUAGAACAGUCACUGUCCUUGCACAAGUUCACUCCAUUCCCCCAAAAUUACCUCCAUUAACUAAGGAGCAAAAAGGCUCUAGGAAAAUAGCUUCCAUUUUUUUGAAGCAGAAAGGAGCUGUAGGGGAAAAAGAAAGCAGCCCACCCCUCUUGGACAAUGAACAAACUGAACAAGUGUCUCAGAAAAGGAAAUCUAAUGUAGUUAUUGAGGAAGAAGAAUUGGAGUUAGCUGUGCUAGAGACUGCAGGGUCAGAUCCUUUGAAGCCAAAAUGUACUGUGGAAGAAAGGCAUCAGUUUAUGAAGGCGUUUAGACAACCAACACCAGAUGUAAUGAAAAGUGGAGUUAAAAAGGCUCCUAUAAAACAAAAGCAAGGCCUUGGAAAGUCUUCCAAACAAAAAGAAGGACCUGAAAAUGACAUUGCUUCAAAUAAAGGAUUAGGAAGUGGAGUACCAGAAGAUUAUGUGGGUAAAUAUACACAUUCUAGUUCUAAAAACAACAGAACUAAAACCAAAAGACCUAGAAAGUUUCAGAAGAAAGGAAACAGAAGAAGGAAGGUUUCAGAAACUAAGGAGGUUAAUGUCUCUAAUACUAAUGAUUCUAAUGAAGAUGAGGAUUUGGGAGCUAAUGUUCUUUCUAAGGAAAAUGCCUUAGAUGGAAGAAUUUCAUCAAGUCCAAAAAUGAAUGAGUUAAGGAGAAGUUUAAGGCAGAAGAAAACCAAAGCAUCAAAAAAUGUUACACCUAAAAAAACCAAGAUUAGAAAUACCUUUUCUGAAGAUGAAUUAAGCAGCUCUUUUCAGACUUCUACACCAAAAGCGAGAGAGCGAACCUCGAGGAAAAGUCAUGUGUAUAAAGCUGAGGUGAUUACCCUGCCCUAUGAUGGGGACAGCCCAAUAAGAAUGAGGUUUACACGCAUCAACCCAGCUACAAAACCAAACAAAGCUGGAGCAAUGAAAAAGGAAGAGUCUAACUCCAAAAAUAUAAAGAUGAGCUCUACUUCUAAAAAUAUAUCCAAAGCAAAACAGCUAAUAGAAAAAGCAAAGGCCAUAAGGCACAACAGAUCAAAGGUUAUUGAAGACCUACCAGCUCCUAUGAGGCGCUCAUCUCGUCAGCGAGUUCUUGCUGAAAAGAAAGAAAUACAAGAAGAUGAAGAAUCAGUCAUAAUUUUAGAUUCAAGCCUGGAUAAUGACACCACAACAGUGCAGAAUGUGAAACAAAAGAAUCUGCGAAGCUUAAAUGAUGUUUUGGGGAAAAAGACUAGAAACUUGAAGGUUUCAAAGAACUCAAAUGGAAAACUGGGAUAUUCAUCUUCCUUCCCAGGUAGAAAUGCUCAAAACUCUGCAGGUGAACCAAUUGUGAUCUUUGAUGAAAGCAGCCAAGAUGCAUAUGAAAAUUCUCAAGAUGAUUAUCAGUUUAGAGCAAAACGUGAGUUCCUGAUGAGUGGAUUGCCAGAGUCACUGAAAAGACAGAUUGCAAAGAAAGCAGCAGCACUGGAAGCAUACUCUCUUGCAAGUUCCUGUUUUAAGACUGUUGUUCAUGUCCAGCAGAAAGAUGACUGUUCUCCAAUGUGGAAACUGGAAUCACCUUCAUGUCCCCUAUUAACUAAGCUAAGGAAACUGAAUACUGAAGUCACUAACAUCACAAAAACCACUCUCUCACUUGGUCAGUUUUCCACUGUGAAUUCCAAACUAACUGGAAGCUGUUCUGCACCUGUGCUUUCUGGCUACCGACCAGUUUUUCCUGAUACAUUCAGGAAAGAGUUACUAGAUGAGAUCAUGUUUUCUAACUCUCAGUUUCCUGUGAGAAAAUACUUCUACAAGUUUCUGAAAAGGCAAACGGAACGGUUGGGUUUUGAAAACAGUCUGCAAGGUUACAGAGGUGACACUGCAAAUUGUGAAGUAAAUCAGAAACACUCGGACAAUUGGAAGGAAACUAAGAGGAAAAGAAAAGAAACAGAAAAACAUAAAUCAAAAAGGAGGAAACAAGUUGAAGGUACAGAGACUGAAAUAAAAUCUAGAGUUUCCAGGAGCCUUAUUUCUUCUGUAUCUGGAGAAAAACAAGCAGAGGCAGGACAAGCAAUGCAUUUUGGAAAAAACAAGGCCCAGAAAAUAGACACUAUGACAGAAGACACUGAAUAUUUAUCAGAAGCAAAUGCAUGUUCAGGUGUUGAAAAGGAAGACAUGCUCUGGACAGAAAAAUACCAGCCUCAAGAUUCCAGUGAACUUGUAGGGAACAAAAAAGAAAUUGAAAGGCUACACAGUUGGCUAAAAGAAUGGAAAAAAAGAGCUGAUUGGGAAGAAAAAAGAAAUCAGAAAGGGGAAAAGGAGGACAAAGAGCAUCAAGAUUCUUCAGACAGUCUUGACUUUAAAGAUAGUAAAUCUGAUAUGGAGGAGGAGACCAGCCUUUGCAACACAGUUCUGAUAACUGGCCCGCCAGGAGUGGGGAAAACUGCUGCAGUGUAUGCUUGUGCUCAGGAGCUUGGCUUUAAGGUAUUUGAAGUCAAUGCCUCUUGCCAGCGUAGUGGUAGACAGAUUCUGUCUCAGCUGAAAGAAGCUACUCAGUCUCAUCAAGUGGACAAAAAAGGCAUUAAUGCACAUAAGCCUUGUUUUUUUAACAGUUAUAGCAGUGCCAAAUCACCAAAAAAAAUGUAUUCUCCAAAAAAAGUUGUUUCACCAAGGAAGCCUCCACUCUCACCUAAAGGAGCAGGAUUAAAACGAAACUUGCACCCUAAAACACUUGCAAACUAUUUCAAAAUUUCUUCCAAACGUAAAAGUAAUGAAGAAGUAACUGCUCAAGAAAAAAAGGGAAAUAUUCAAAAUUCACAUGAAGAAAAGAAAGAUGCCCAAGUUAAGUCAAUUAACAAGGAACUAGAAGGAGGAGAACACAACAGAAAAAGUGCAACAUCUCUCAUUCUUUUUGAAGAGGUGGAUAUAGUAUUUGAUGAAGAUGCAGGAUUUCUAAGUGCAAUAAAGACAUUCAUGGCAACUGCAAAGAGACCUGUGGUUCUUACUACCAAUGAUCCAACAUUCAGCUUGAUGUUUGAUGGCUAUUUUGAAGAGAUCAGCUUUAGAACCCCUUCCUUGAUGAAUGCUGCCAGCUACCUUCAGGUGCUGUGUCUGGCUGAGAAUCUGCGCACAGAUGUGAAAGACUUGGCUGCUCUGUUAACCACAAAUAACUGUGACAUCAGACAAAGUGUUCUCUAUUUACAACUUUGGGUUAAAAGUGGAGGUGGAUGCUUGAAAGACAAACAUUUGUCACAUCAUGGAGGAGAUGAGACAGAGAAAGCAGAUCACAUAAUUCAUCCUGAACAGACUGCUGAUUCCAGGAUUGACUUUUCUCAAGCUGAUCCAUGUCUUAAGGAGUUUCCAAAAUGUGAUACAGGCUGUGUAGAGACAUUGCUUGGCCUUAAGAAUAUCCUGUUGCCUUCAGAAGAUUUGUUUACAUUUCUUAAGCACAAAAUCACAACCAAGGAAAAAUGGAAUAAAUGGAUGCAGCUGCUCACAGAAUUCCAGAUGAAGAAUGUAGAUUUUAUGUAUAAUAAUCUUGAACUUAUUCUUCCCUUGCCAGUACAACUCAUUUCAAACCAGUCUCAAGCCUCUAACUCUCCACUUGAAAGGACUACCAUAGUUUCUUCAAAAAACAGAUCUACUAAUAGUUACUGCCCUGGAAAAAGGUCUAAAAAGACAAAGAAGCAGAAAAAGCUUAAAAUACUAGAUGAUAGUGACUUAUUUGAUACUGGACUGAACUAUUCAGCUGAAUUCAUAACUUUGCCAUUGGAUAGCUCUACAUCAUGUGAUGAAGUGAAUAAAGAGGAAUCAAAGUUGUCGAUAAACAAAGAAGAAAUUAAAACUAAAACCUCAGCAAAUAAGAGCUCUGCUCUGGUUUUUCAGUGUCUGAAUUCACUGGCUGAAUUUGUGGACAACAUGUCAUUCUUGGAUUGCUGUGUAAACACUAACAUCAGGGAACCACUGGAGUUUUCUAAAGAUGAAGGAUUUAAUUGGAGAAAUGGCAAAAUCAAAAAUGGUCUUUGUGAUGAAUUCAGUAUAGAAAAUACUGAUUGGUGGAGUUCCCAGAGCUGCAGUGAAAUAAAGGCAGCUAUUGAAGCACUAAGUUUUAACAAAUGUUCUGUUAAUACUUCACAAAACUUAGAAUCUUCUUUGAGUACCAGUAAAACACCUGAAAGUGAUCAACUGGAGGGACUUACCUUGCCUAUUUCAAACACAAGAAAUUAUGUAUCCUUCAGUCAGUCGACUGAGUCAAGCAUUCACGAAAAAGCACAGAGGAGACUGGCAGUCAUCAGAACUGUGUUUUCCAGAAGUCCUUUAAACCUGGGUAAUAAGCAGGCCAGCUUACUGGAAUACCUGCCCACUCUUCGCAGUAUCUGUAGGUCUGAGAAGCUUAAAGAGCAAGGGAAGACUAAAAGAAGGUUCUUGCAUUAUCUUGAAGGGAUUCACCUUGAAAUACCCAGACAAAUGAUAAACGAUCUAUCUCUGGACUUCCCUUAAACUUGGUCGCACCAGAAAUACUUUGUGCCUAAUGGUGAUAUUUUCACCAUCAUUUGAUUAUUUUUUAAUUAUUUUUUUUAACCACAUGAUUUUAUUGUAUAUUCAGAGCCAUUUGUAUAUUAAAUUUCUAUAAGUAUUUAAAAUAAU